AUGAUCAGCAGUCAGUUGGGCUCCCUGAACACUGCUGCCCCAGCGGGGCCAGUGUGGCGAGAACCGAAACAAUUGGAGCAGAUGAAGGACAUGGAAGAGGGCAAAAAGGAGUCGGAUGAGCUGGCGCCCAUGUAUGUCGAAGGGCGAACAGUGCAACUGGACCAUCAAACCUGGAGACAGCGAGCUCCAAUGUUGGUGGGUGGUCUUCUUUUGCUUGGCCUGGUGGUUGUCCUGACGCAGAUGCCGGGAGGAAACACUGGCACGCCAGGCAGUCAAGAGAUGGUAGACACCAAGGGUGAGAUGGGCAUAGCUGCAGAUGCUAGUGCUGGCCCCAGCCUGCUCACAGCUCUCCGUGCAGGAAAAAUGCAUUAUUGUCUAUAUAUGGAGAUAUGA